AUGGCUGAUAAACAAUUCCAGUGGGAACGCCCUCGGGCAACCGCCUUCUCCUUUGCAUCCAUCAUCAGUCUGAUUAUUGCCGCCCGAUACCUCCCUUUGCUGCGAUGGAUCUUCAAGUUUACUUAUCUGUCUCUUGGAUUCACCGUUGCCCUAGAAAUUGUUGGAAAGGUUCUCCUCUCCCGUGGCUUGGCCAGCUCCUCCCGCCCCCGCAAAUACUACACUAUCCCUAAGGAUACCAUGGAAAGCAUCCUGGAGGACCUCGAGCAGUUGAUGGAUUUCUUCCUCAUUGAGUUCCAGCGCAUCCUCUUCGCGGAAAAUCUCUCAUAUACUAUUGCUGCUUUCGCCGCUGCGCUGACCUCCUACUGGCUCGUUCGCUUUCUACCCCUGUGGGGAUUGGCCCUUACCAUGGUCUCCACAGCUUACUUGGGACCUUUGGUCUACAUCAACAACAAGGAGCUCAUUGACACCCAGAUCAACCGGAUUCAGGAAAUAGUCAAUAACCAAGCGACCCAAGUCAAGGAGAUGGCUGGCCAGCAGACCGCUCAUGCUACUGAUAUCGUCAAGCAGUACGUUGGCGACUAUCGUGCCAAAGCAAAUGAAUAUAUAGGUUCUUCCCGCAUCUCCGUCCCCCGCGUCGAGCAAAUCUCUCCAUCUCCCGUGCAGCCUAAACCUGCUUCAGAGCGUGCUACUGAACCUGUUAAACCUACCGUUAACCCCGUUCCCAAAGCUAUAUCAAAACAGUUCGAGGAUGUGAAUUUCCCUGUCGCACCUCGCGAAGAGCCUUUGGUAGAUACAACAAUUGAGCAUGCUGCACCGGAACCAAGGGAGCAGAAAGUGGAGGAACCCCUUCUAGCAUAA